AUGAGCCACGGCCCUGGGGAAAUGGGCGACAUCUCCAAAUCCAAAUUCUCCCCAUCUCGCAAGCGCAUCAUCAUCUGCUGCGAUGGAAGCGGUCAGUCGGCCGUCUCCGGCGAAGAGAGCAUCCCAUCCAACGUAACCCGCCUUUGUCGCGCAAUCAACAGCGUCGGCAUCGACAACGACGACCACCUCCCCUGGCAACAAGUAGUUUGGUAUGACUCCGGAGUCGGCACGAACUCAAACGGCCAUGUAUCUGCAGGGAAAGAUCUCGAAGGGAAUGUCAUCGAAGCAUACAAUUUCUGUGUAUUGAACUGGAACCCCGGCGACCAGAUCUUGUGUUUCGGCUUCUCGCGUGGUGCGUAUACCGCGCGCGCUAUUGCGGGGUUGAUUUCGGAUUUGGGUAUUUGUUCGAAGACCGAUAUCCAGGAUUUCCCAGAAGUGUGGAAACUUUACAAGCAGAGUCAUCCUGCUAUUACGGGGGAUAGAUUCUAUGGCAGUGAUGCUUACUAUGACUGGCAUGAUGGGAAGCCGGCCGAUCCUCAGCCGGAGGAAAGGCAGGGUGAUCAUGUCGUUUGGGAGUCUACGGGUCGGGGCGAGUGGGCUCAGACUCCGGAGUCAAGACAGGUCGAGGUGGUGGGUGUUUUUGAGACGGUGGGUGCGCUGGGAUUCCCCGAACUCUUCGGGUAUGAAGUGCCUCGAUGGAUCUCGCGAACCGAUAAGCCCGAAUGGCAUAAUGUUGGACUUUCUCCCAAUAUCAAGAACGCCUUCCAAGCACUAGCUCUGGAUGAACAUCGUGCUGCAUUUACCCCGACUCUAUUCUACGUGCCAACUAUCACGAAAGCCACGCUCGAGGAAAUCCAAAGGGCACGAAUGACAUGGGAAGCCGCAUCCAAAGCCUGGUUCGAUCUCCUCUCAACCGAGCGGCCCUCCCUCGAAGAUCUGAAACGAGUAAUCAAAGACAAGAACGAAGCCGCGCGAAAACUGCUCGACUUGGAGGAAAGCCAAAAAGAACGCUCGAAGCUACUCCAAGUCUGGUUCCCAGGUGUGCACGUCAAUAUCGGUGGUGGCUCCACUCUGACCCUGGAGAACAAGGGAAACAUGGAAGAGAUGUCCAACAUUACCUUUGCCUGGAUGCUGGACCAGAUCAAGGGCUUUGUUUCUCUCAAUCAAGGGACUUUGCAGAAGGAGCAAUUGGCUCGUCAGACUAGACUCGCUAAGAUCAAUACCGCGCUUCACUGGUAUAAGGAGAGAGUUGAAAGACUGAAAAAGGAGUCGUGGGGCAAGUGGCUUGAGCGCACUAGUCAGUGGGCUGUCUCGUCGAUCAGACACCCUCUGACCCCGGGUGAUAAGCCGGCUCACAUGGAAGACCGCAGCUAUACCUGGGGACUGGGCGAUUUACCGGACAGCUUUGGACUAGUGUACGUUGUCAAUGGAUCUAGACUGCGUACACCAGGCCGCUAUGCCCUUGAUAAAGGUCAGAAGUUGGGCGAAACAUUUGAGCGAGUGCAUCCGGUUGUGGGAUAUCGGGUGGAAAAGACCAAAGACCAUGAGAAAAGCAAGAGGUAUCGCCCAAUCUGGCUGACGGGGGACAACUACGUCCGGAAGAAGAAUGGGGAAGGAUUCGAGUAUCUGUUCAAGUACCCCGGGUCCUCGGAGUAUGAAGUCCUGCCUGAGUGGAAGCUGUCCGAAAACAUUAACUCCUUUGAAAGACUGGCCAUCCAAGACAAGGAAGCGCAGCAGUAUGUCAACGCCCUGGAUCUCCAGCUGGGAAGAGAUAUCAAGGAUCCUCUUCCGCGAUCAGAGUGGUGGGAGGUAUCUUAG